AUGACAUCUCCUAGCAGCACUCCAAGGAUCGUCGAGCUGGCUGCUCAGAUCAGCUCUUCAGUUACCGAGCUGCAAGAGCGCCUAUCAGCUCAAGGAAUAUCCUCACCAUCCUUCGCCGAAGACAGCCCGCAAGACUUUCCCGCUGAUUUGGAGUCUCUUCGUGAUUCCGUCGUAGAUGCAACAGCCGAGCUGCAUGAGCUGCUCUUGGACCCUCUGCAGCUGCUGUAUAAAUUCGCUGCGAUCCCCAACAUGGUCGGUAUUGACGCGAUCAGCCGAUACAAUAUUGCGGGCAUGGUUCCUCGUGGUGGCCAGAUCUCUUUUGAGGAGAUUUCCCAGCGCUCAGGACUGGAUAAGGGACUUGUUCGACGCCUGCUUAGACACGCCAUGGCCAUGCGCAUCUUUAGAGAACCUGAACCAGAGAUGGUGGCUCACACAAAGAUUUCCAGCUUCCUGUCUAUUCCGUACAUCAAUGCCUGGGCCAGCUUCGAAGGUAGGGAUACGUGGCCGGCGGCAACAAGGGUUGUAGACGCAAUCGAGAAAUGGCCUGGUUCUGAAGAACCCAACCAAACUGCCUUCUCUCUAGCGAACAACACCGAUAAGCCCGUCUUCGAGUUCAUUGGCGCAUAUCCCGAGCGGAUGAUGCGUUUUGGGGCUUCAAUGAAAGCCAUAGACCACGUUCCAGGUCACGCGCCCGAACUCAUCUCCAAGGACUAUGACUGGGCCUCAAUUGGGAAUGCCUCAAUCGUUCAUGUUGGUGGGGGCCGAGGUCAAAUCGCCAUCGAACUGGCCCAAAACUUCGAAAAUGUCAAGCUCACCGUCCAAGACGUGGCAAUGAUGGUCGAAGGCGCGGAGUCAGAUGUCCCGAAUCAGGUGAAAGGUCGCGUGGAGUUCAUGAAGCAUGAGCUGUUCGAGACACAGACCUUGGAGGCAGAUGUUUAUUUCUUCCGCAUGGUCUUUCGCAACUGGUGUGAUAAAUACGCCCUCCAGAUCCUGAAAGCACAGAUUCCGGCCCUCCGACCUGGGGCCAAGAUCCUCAUUCAAGAUGCAUGCAUGCCUGAGCAUGACAGUGUCCCCCUGUGGAGAGAGCGAGUUCAAAGGUCAGUGGAUCUGAUGCUGAAGUGCUACACCAACGGUCGUACAAGAUAUCUGGAUGAAUGGAAAGCUCUACUCGCAGCGGCGGACGAGCGAUUCAGGUUGCAUCAAGUCUUUAUGCCUGAGAAUUCUCUGUUGUCGAUCUUAGAGAUUCACUGG